AUGUCGACCCAUCACAUCGACCUAACGGCUGCCAUCAUGCCCAAACCGAGCAAAGUCGAGAAGGUGGGCACACUCGGCCAGUGUUCGGGCUCCUGGAACGCUGUGUUAGGUACUCCAAGGCCAAAGAAGCCGAGCACUUUACGGUAUAUGGCCCAUCGUGGUUUCGAGGACGAGAACGGCAAGAUAGAGGAGUUAGUCGUGAGAGGGACCAAGCACAUGGUUGGACCCGACGUUCUCACUUUGGUCGAAGCCACAGAGAGCGGCGAGUUAGUCGAGAGUGUCAAGAUUGUCCACAAUACGCCAAACGCUGCACAGGAGCCAUCCAGCAAUGGCCGACGCGGUCUUUGA